AUGGAGAUGCAGGCAGAUCAAUAUGCGAACCCCUCAGGCGGUAGCGGCUAUGGGAGCAGCGAGCAGUCAGAGAGCGGAAAGAGUCCCCUGUCGAUGAGCUUGGGCUUUCUCAAGACCCUUACGGAGAAGAAGAGCACUCGUGUUGAUGGACAGCCGUCCAAGCGCCGCGGCCCGAAACCUGACAGCAAGCCUGCCUUGACCCGACGUCAGGAACUAAAUCGACAAGCACAAAGAACCCACCGCGAGCGGAAAGAACUUUACAUCAAAGCGCUCGAGCAAGAAGUGCUCCGCCUAAAGCAGAAUUUUUCUACCGUUGCCCGUAGCAAAGACACCCUUGCCGAAGAGAACCGUCAACUCCGGAACCUCCUGGCCGCGCACGGCAUCCCAUGGACUGGCAGCGGCGGCGUUGACGAGCUCGCCGCCACGGGUGGUAGCACAUCCUACCCCUCGUCGGGCUCCUUCUCCGGCUCCUACCCCUCCUCUGUCUCGCCCACCCCACAGUACAGCACCAACACUGGCAACAACGGGGCGCUCCUUGCCCCGCCGCUCCCCCAGACCCCUCACACCCACCAUCCUACAGCCGCGCAGGGCCUAGACCUCGACCAGGCCGGCAUAGACUUCGUGCUCACGUAUGCGCCCGACCCCCGCCCGCCCUACCUGACCCCUCCCCGCUGA